UAUACCUAUAGAUACUUUUCUUCUUACUCCGCGAUCGUCGGAGGGGCAGGCGAGUGUGGCGGAAGAUUUUUGACCUACAAAAACACCAACCUACCCAACGCACCUGUAGUAAACUAAUAAGAGAAGCCUGGUACUCCGCUACGGGUACUGGAACAUCAUUUUCAGGCUCGCGCGCUUCCUUGCACGACACUUCAGUUCUGUGACUUGUUUAUAAUUAUUAUAUUGUGAAUUUAUUUAUUUAAUAGAUACAUUUCUGCUUUAUGGCCGGAGUGAAUUUUGUGUGAAAAUUUAUUUUUUCUUUUUUGUGAUUUUUUUUUCUUAAUCCACGGAGUUUAUGAAUAUUUUUAAAUUAAUUUCAAUCUUUCUUGUUUAUUAAGAGAUUUUUUAGUAUUGUGAUUUCUGCGAGAUGAGGAUAUCGUGCAAAUUGUAUUUUAUCAUUUUCCUGGCACUGUUGACUUACGUCGCCGCACAGGAAAAUUUGGAUGACAUAGAUUUCGAUGACAAUGACAAGGGCAAGAUUGCAACGUCUCUCAAACUGGACGAUGGCAGUAUACGUAAUAAAACGGAAAAAAUUCAAAAAACCAUCACCAAUGCACUGAAAUGGCCGGAAAAGCGGGAACAAAUUGGCGAAGUGGUACCCAUCAUGCGAAGCAUGUCGCCACCGCAAAAACUCGUGAUGGGCACAUUGAUAUCAUCAAGAAUUUCGAAAAAUGAAACAGCGUCGCCAGCGCCACUCGAGGAGAUACAAUCAAUGUUUUCGGAGGAAAGUCGUGAAAAUGCUACGAGAGAUCUGAUGUUGCCAAUUAGUGUGGACAUUGCAAAAAUAUUAACCGAAGACACACCCGAAGAAUUGCCUGAGGCUCAAGAAUUACGUUAUAGACGACCAGGAAGUAGAAGACGACCGUACUACAGACCACCACCACCCCGUCGUCCAUCUUCGUUAAACCGAAGAAAUGUCCAUCCAGAAGGUUCUCGACCAUCCGCAACUAACCUAAGACCAUCAUCAUCCAGAAGACCAACCGAUACCAAAAGAGGACCAACCGACAAGGAAUGUACAUUCUUCACCAAUACCGUCUGCCUAGAAGCCAUGGAUUAUCCACAUGACGCAAUUACGAGAAGUAUUAGAAGCAACAGAGAUAUGGUGGCGGCACUACUGACCGAUUAUAAAGUUCAGGACAGCGGGGGCUUCGAGACCGACUUACCGGAAGCUUUACCAUUGCGCACGAGAUAUGACAACAACAGAUUUGAGAGUAACGAGAUAAAAAGAAGAGCCGAUCAUUCACCCUUUGACAACGUCGAGGAAGGGUUCACGUGUCCUUCUCAGGUCAGAUACGCACGUCCUCAAUUGGCUAGAGCUGCAUCCGGUGUCUGGAAAUACAUCAUCAAUACCGGGGAACACACACAGACCUUACGACUUGAGAAAUGCUCAAAUCCCCACAGAAGCUGUUCCUUCAUAUCAGAAAACUAUCGCUCGUCCUGCGUGCAAGUUUAUAACUAUCAUAGACUCCUGACCUGGGACACUACCUUGGGAUUGCAUAUGGAUAUAUUCAAGGUACCCACGUGCUGCAGUUGUCACGUGCACGGAUACUCUGAACUCUUCCCGCCACAUCAGAAGGAUCCACCACCUAAGUCGAAAGAGUCAUUUCCGGGUGCGGAAUUCGCGACGGAGGAUCAAAACGAUGAAUUCGUAGACUUUGGUAAAACCUCGAAUUUCAUAAAAAAACAUAACAAGCCAUCGAGUUAUGAUACCAAUUCGGGUAUACUUAAUGACGGACCUUCAUCCUAUCUGAAUGAUUUGACUGACUUACCGACCUAUCAAGACAACAAAAAGCCGCUGUUUGAUUUGUCUGUCACGAGUCGACCGAGUUUUGGAAUUCCAGGACGGGUCAGGCCGAAGAAACAACCUUCUUUACCUUCAAGACCUUUUGACAAGCUUCCUCAACAGCAUGCUCCUAAUACCAGAGCACCAGGGUACAUGGGACCUUUGCUUAAGGUCAAUAGACCCAGACCCAGUGGACCCUUUAGACGAGAAUCUGGAUCACAUUUGGAUUAUUCAGCCGGCAGAAAUACUACAAGCGAUAACAGUUUUGACAGAUUUAGUGAACAGUUUGACGAAGAAAUUAAUGCACCUACGAUACUACACAGUGGCGCAGCUGACGACGAAUAUCACGAACCUCAUAGAAGAAUUAAUUAUAAUUAUCAUCCAAUAAUUGAUUUCUUUAAACCGGAAGCGUCGAUGCUCCAAUCACCCCAACCGCAAUUGGUAACUCAACCAGCGGCUAUGCAGUCGAAUUCGAAUUCCUGGAAACCCAUGGUAUCUUCAUGACGAUGAAAAGCACGUCGAUACUUUAAAAAGUACCUGAAAUUGGACCUUGUUGCUCGUGGAAGCAUCCUAUUCCUAAGGUCUCAAUUGAAUUCAACAAUAGUAAUUAAAUUGUGUAAAGUGACACUUAUAAAAAAAGAUAAAAAAACGGGCAGAUGCAAUCAAUUCAUAAAUUCCAUAAAUUUUAUAAUCACUUGUCACAUUCAUUUAUAAAAGAUGACUCAUUAUCCCCUAGAAUUAAAACGAAUUGAUCUAUUAUUUAUGUAAUUUUGAAAAGUGUAUCUAUCUAAUUUGUCAUAAAUAAAAGGCUUGAU